UUUUGUUAGUUUAGCAACACAUAUUGACGUAAUAUCAUCCGAUCUUUAGAGCUUUUAUGAUUGGACGCGGUAAAGGUCGGGUGAGCGUUCGUAAUUUGUUAGUUAUUACGUUUUACAUAUUAGUGGUUCGUUUUGUUUUAAUUUUUGCAUUUAUUUAAUGAAAAUAAAUAUUUGACAAACAAUACAUUAUAAUGGCAGAUCCUGGAGGAUGGUCUACAACACAAGAAAAUGAUUUUUCUAAUUUUCAAUCAAAUGAUAGCUUCAAUUUAAAUGAAGUAACUGGUAUUGAUGAACUUCUUACAAACUGUGAAAGUGAAUUAUUGAAAAAUGAAAAUUUAUUUAGUGAUGAUGCAUUAUUAUCACAAUUGGAAGAGCCUUUGGGCAUGGAUACGGAAGGAUUGGAUUUUUUAAACUUUAAUAAUAAUAAAGAAUUAAAGGAUUUUAAAGAAUUUCAUAAUUUUGAAAAUCCAAAUAUUAUAAAACCUGUAUCAAAUGGAAAUGUAAUAUUAACUCCAACAGUAACAGAAAAUACACAACAAAUUUCUUGUGUUUCUCAACAACCUCAACAACAAAAACAACAACAACCACAAUUGCAAGAUAUAAUACCUGUACAGAAUAGAGCACAGAGAAUAUCUGUCACACCAGCACCCACAGUAUUUAGUUCACAAUAUGCUAUUCCACAAAAUAUGAAUUUUAGUGUCCAAUCACCUGUUGUAACAAUAGCACCAAUGACACAACAAAGACAAUUACUUCUACCAGCUAAGCUUAUAAAAUCAGAAUCAGUUGUUUAUUCUAGAGGAUCACAAGCUGUUAAUUCAGCUUCUGUACCACAUCAAAUACAUACAUUAGUAAAUACUGCUAAUGGAACAGUUUUAACUGCUGGUAUUCCAGUCGUAUUAGAUACUGAUAAAGUACAAAUUAAUCGUUUGAGCACAAAUACACAUAUAAGUGUACCAAGAGUAAAAGAAGUAAAACGUAGUGCACAUAAUGCUAUAGAACGACGUUAUAGAACAUCAAUUAAUGAUAAAAUUAUUGAAUUGAAAAAUAUCAUUGUGGGAGUAGAUGCUAUUAAUAAAUCAGCAAUUUUAAGAAAAACUAUUGAUUAUAUUAGAUUUCUCCAAAAUUCUAAUGCAAGAUUAAAACAAGAAAAUAUGUCAUUAAAAUUAGCUCAAAGACAAAAUUUACGUGAUUUAUUAGUUUGCGGUGAACUUACACCACCUAGAUCAGAUUCAAGUGAACCAUCUUUAUCUCCAGCACCAGCACCAUUAUCUCCCCCAUCUCCAUCUUCUAUAAAAGAUGAUCCAGAUGUAUUACAAAAUGUUGAUGCAACAUCUGUUCUCAAUCAAAGCAUGAGAGAUCAUACCAGGCUUACACUCUGUGGAUUUAUGCUUCUUUUUUUAGCAUUUAAUCCUUUAGGUUUUGUAAUAAAUAACAUUGGAAGAUUUAAUUCUGAUUAUAUAAAUACAAAAUUGGAUGGUCGUACCAUUCUUAAUUAUCAAGAUCAAUCAGAUUUUGAAAAUCCAGUAUGGAGUAAUUUAUUAUUAUGGCUAACAAAUACUAUACUUUUGAUUGGCGGACUUUGUAGAUUAUUAUUAUAUGGUGAUCCAGUAUUACCUUCUGAUAGUAAAAUAUUUCUUGAACUUCAUAGAUGGAGACGCCAAGCAGAAUUUAAUAUAUCAAAAAACGAAUAUAGUCAAGCAUAUCGAGAUUUACAUCAAUGUUUACAAUACUUAGGUCGUCCAUAUCCGUCAUCUCGUACAGAAGCUUGGCUUGCAACUAUGUGGCAAAUUAUAAGGCAACUUCUUCAUAAAUUAUGGAUUGGGAAAUGGAUUUUACAUAUUCAUAAAUGGUUUUCAGAAAAAACCAUACGACAACAGGCAGAAAUAUCAGCUAUGGAGAUAGCUAUUAUUUAUCAGCAUAUGCUAUGCUUACAUUUAUCAGAAGGAUCAAAAAAUGGAACUUUAUAUCUCGCUCUUUCUGCAGUGAAUUAUGCAGAAACAAUUGGUGAAACUAUUCCAAAAUCAUUAUUGGCAGAAAUAUAUACUAAUGUUGCGUUAUGUUUCAAACAAUCACUUUUUCCAUUUAUUCAUAAAUAUUAUUUAGGCAAAGCACGUACAUUAUUAUCAUCGUGUACAGUUCCAUCAAAAUUAAAAUGGAUAAUGAGCGAUGAAGGUGCAAAAUUUUUAGCAUUUCAAAAAUGGCAAUAUGGAGAACAACCAGAUAAUGAAUUUACAUCUCAAACUAGUAAAGCUGAUCCUCUAUCAUAUGCUUCACGUGCAUAUAGAAAUUAUUUAAUUGGACAAUGUUUACGUAUUUUAACUGGCACUGUUGGAGAUACUCAUUUAUCUUCAAUAUUAGAAUAUGGACAAACUAUUAUGGCUUCUGCUGGAGUAUAUACUGGAUUUUUGUGUACUGACAAAGUUACAAUUACACAUUGUGAAGAUGAAAUUGGAUUAUGGUGGGGGGCAGUUAUGUAUGUAGCAGCAUGUUGGAGAUUAAAGGAAGAUGAUUCUCAAGCAUGGAGCAUCGUUGAAAGCAAAUUUCCUUAUGAAAAAAAUUAUCAACUUUGCAAUAAUAAUAAUAGUGUUAGUCCACUACCAUAUAUUGUUUUCAAUACUUUGCAAGCUGCAAAAGCUACUAUUAAAUCAACUUCUAUGCAUUUUAUUGAUCAAGCAGGAAUAUUACUUGAACAAUGCUUGGUUUAUUACAAUUGCAAACAACAGUCUUCACAAAAUGUUUUGCUUACUCAAUUGUGGAUUUGUGACUGGUUACUUGAAAUGAGAACUACACUUUGGCAAGAAUUAGAUAGUGAUUUAGAAAAAUUAACUACAAAUAUAUCUCUUAGAGGUUUUCAACGGGAUUUAGCUUGUUUAAGACAAUUAUGUCAACAUAUUCCAUCUACCUUAGCAAGAGUAUUUCUUUAUGAAGCUACAGUACGUAUAAUGGCAGGAGCAACACCAGUAAAAACUCAAAUAUUAUUAGAUCGUAGCUUGCAUCAUAGAAAUUCACGUUCUUCAAUUAUUUGUGGUAAAGAUCGUUCACAAGAUCAAUAUACUGGAGAAAAAGAACACGCAGUAGCUUUAUGUUUAGCAUGUCGACAUUUACCUUCACUAUUACUAGCCACUCCUGGAGAACGUGCAGGUAUGCUUGCAGAAGCUGCAAAAACUUUGGAAAGAGUAGGUGAUAGAAAAAGACUUCAAGAAUGUUAUAAAUUAAUGAGACAACUCGGAUCAGCUAUUUCUGCUAAUUGAUAUAUUAAUAAAAAUACUUUUUUAUCUGAAUUUGUUUUAUUCCAUAUAAGCAAUAAAAAUUUAAAAAGAAAUUGCAGAUUUAACAUGAUUUCAUUUUCUUAUUAUUUCAUUAAAACAAAUAAGAUGGUUAACAAAAAAUCUUCUACAAAAAUGCAAAUGUAAUUAGUUGAUUUUAAUGAAUUUUAAUACGUGUUAAAAAUAGGCAUAUUAAUCGAAAAUAUUAUUUAUAAAUAUCUAUAAAUAAAGUCAUAUAGCAUUGUAUAUUGUUGAAUAAAAAAAAGAA